GGGGCGGUUGGGGCUCCAUCAGGCGAGUUGCGCUGCCGUCUGUUCGCCGCACGGAGCCUCCGCUUCACAUGAAGCUGAAAGUUGGAGCUUCAUUUGAUGCAGGCAGUUCACAUUAAAAACCUUUGUGGGGUGCUAAGAUUAGCGUCGAAAGUGCAUGUUUCGCCUUAAUCUGACGAAACUACACCCACAAAGGCACGAAUGCGUAUAGUAAAUCGACAAUAACAGUGUAGUAGCUUUAGCAGUCGAUUUUUUACAUUUACAUUAUUAUAUUAGCUGGCUAGCUAUAAUAGCCUGCUAACUAGAAUUGAUAUUGCUAUUAUUGGUUGCUAGCAAGGUACAAAGCUCCGGCGUUCUCUGCAAGCUAGCUACUAGCUAGCAAUUUAGCUUGUUUUAUAUCUAGAACUAAUCUAACCAAAGAGCUGGUUUACAGAUUAAAUUGUUAAAAUGCCGGCGAUGUUAGAGAAGGGUACCGCGGAGAUUUCUGGCAAAAGAAGGGGCAGACAUUCGGUUAAUAACCCUAAUAAUAAAAGUUUUUCAGCUAAUGGGAAUAGCAGCAACUCCUGGGAAGACGGAAGCUCGGGUUCGUCCAGCGAUGAUGAGCACGGUGCUGGGGGCAUGCGUGUCGGGCCUCAGUAUCAAGCCAGCGUGCCAGAUUAUGAUCCAGAGGUGGCGAAGGCCAGUCAAGAGCGUGAGAAUCUGGGCAUGCUGGUGUGGUUCCCCAACCAGAACCUCGCCGAGGCCAAACUGGACGAGUACAUCGCCAUCGCUAAAGAAAGACAUGGCUACAACAUGGAGCAGGCUCUGGGAAUGCUUUUCUGGCACAAGCACAACAUAGAGAAGUCGCUGGCGGACCUGCCCAACUUCACGCCGUUCCCGGACGAGUGGACAGUGGAGGACAAGGUGCUGUUUGAGCAGGGCUUCGGUUUCCACGGCAAAACCUUCCACCGCAUCCAGCAGAUGCUGCCAGAUAAGUCCAUUGCCAGCCUGGUGAGGUUCUACUACUCGUGGAAGAAAACGCGCAGCAAGACCAGCGUGAUGGACCGCCACGCCCGCAAACACAAGAGAGACCGGGAGGAGAGCGAGGAUGAGAUGGAGGAGAACGGUGGGAGUUCCCCCAGUGACCUGGAGUACGACCCCAACAAGGAGGAGAAGAAAGAGAGUGGACCUGCACCAGAAAAACCUGAACCCAAACCUGUGCCCCCUCCAAAGCCAGCGCAUGUGAAGAAAGAGCCUCUGGGCCCCCCAGGAAAGCAUCCGCACCGCGCCAAGAAGAAGCCCCCGAAAGGCAUGCACCUGACGCAGGCCGACGUGUCCGCCAUGUCCUCCAGCACCCCCGCUGCCGUCGGCGUCCUGCGCCAGCUUGACAUGGAGCUCGUCUCCAUCAAACGGCAGAUCCAGAGCAUUAAACAGACUAAUAGUGCCUUGCGGGAGAAGCUGGAGGUGGGAGUGGAUAUGUACCGACUGCCAGAGGUGACCCAGAAGUUUAACGCUCGAUGGACCACAGAGGAGCAGCUCCUGGCUGUGCAAGCCAUCAGGAAGUAUGGGCGGGACUUCCAGGCCAUCUCUGACGUGAUUGGUAACAAGUCAGUGGUGCAGGUGAAGAACUUCUUUGCAAACUACCGGCGGCGCUUCAACCUAGACGAGGUGCUGCAGGAGUGGGAGGCGGAGCAUGGGGGCGAGGCAGCCAAUAGCACGGAGGAAGAGAAGAUGGACCUGUCACCUGAGGAGGGCGUGGCAGUGACUAAACUGCCAGAGGAGCAAGAGGAGGUAUCUGCCCCAGUGGACUCACCUUUCCCAUCAGCCUCCUGAAGCCCACUGACUCCGCCCCGAAGCUCGCUGACUCCGCCCAUGGGGUGACACGCCCGCCUGUCUGGAUUUCCCUCCCAGCCAUCGUCUGAACAAAAGCAGCAGCACCAAAUAAAGCACCUGUUUCCAUGGAGACAGACUGUCUGCCCAAACACCGUGCUGCCAACAGAGGGCAGCACCUCCCCUCAGCUCCCAAAUUCGUAUAAACACACACGCAGACAAACACACACACACACCUGCGCAGAGACACGCACGCACACACACACACUGCAUACACACACGCACGCACGCACACACAGACAUACACA